ACUCUGUUUAACUCAAACAAUCUAGAUAGAGAAGAUCUUGAACAAGAAGAUAUCACAUCAAAUGCGAAUCAAUUAGUAAAAGAUGAAUGUAAUAGUAAUCAUGACCAUUCUCCGUGCCCAAAUAAUAAAAGGACUAUACAGUUAUUCACCGGAAGUAUUGCGUCGGAGAACUUUUAUUUUGAAACAAGUAAUGAUCUUCCUGCUAGGUGUUCAUCUUCAUGGACAGAAAGCACUUCAGUACCGCAGACUGUAUCAGUGCAAUAUUCGACAACUUCGUUAUCUAGCAAGUCAUUUCCGUAUUUAGCACAGAAGUGUGAAGAUUAUAUGCCAUAUCGAAAUAGUGCGUAUUUUGGAUUUCGUUCCGCAAUGAACGUGCCGUUUGUACAACACUUUCAUAUACCAACCAUACAAUCAGACUAUGUACGUCGUAGUAGAUCCACCUCAUUGAAUGAUAUAUUCGCUACCGAACGAUAUUUGUCAAUGUCUAAUGACAGUCUGAAUCGAGUCAUGAGAACGAAAUUAAAUUUUGACCGCAAGCAACUUGGAACUAUACAUCACUAUCAUAAUAAUUCGAUUUAUGAUUUUUAUUACAUGAAAAUGAAAGAACGAUUUAAUAAUUUAGAGCGUCUGUCUGAAGUAUGCGAUGAUCAUUUGCGGAAUAUCCAUUACUAUAAUAUGAAGAGCAAAAGCGACUUUCUUGAAAAAUUGAACUGUCUUCAAUACUCUGAACCAAAUACAGCUGAGAGUAUCCAUAAUGCAGCUGAAUCAAUAUUUGCCAUGAAGCUAGAUCACAUCGAUCACAAAAUUUUGGAAAAAAUCAAUUAUUAUUUAAGAACGUAUGGAAACCUCCCUGAAUUAUACCACCGGAUCGGUGAGCAAAUUUUAAAUCGCAGGAACUAUGAAGACAUUGACGUGUGUUCGUCCAAAGUAACAUGUGCUCAAAUCGAUAAUUUGAAUAAUGAUAAAAAUAAUAUUGAUAUGGAAACAAGUUUUGCUAAAUUUAAUUAUCCACAGUUGAAUGAACUAUUUAUGCGUCAAUUUCAUAAGCCACAGCGAAUUUUAUUGAACAAAUCAAAACGAAAUCGUAAUUUUGUGUUAGAGAAUAUUGAAAAAGUGAAGAAGAAUAAAUUACAAACAAUGAACAUUACAACAAAAAACAAAACACACGAAAAUACUGCAAAUGCUGCUAAGAAGUCAAUUAGCAGUUCAUCUCGAAAAUUAGUUCCAGCAGGUAAAGCUUCAUGUUCAUCACAGAAGUUUCGAAGGCAAAAUUUAAAACGUCGAAGUCUUCAAUUUACCAUAGAUGAAGAGCAUGAAAACUUGGAAAUGUGUAGCAGUAACAAUGGUCAUGAUGUUCCUCAAAAUGAACAAUUGAAGCAAAUUUGUAAAGAUCAAGGAGAAUUUAUCACUGAAAUGAGUGGAAUGCUCAACAAGAUUAACGACAGUGUUAUACAAAUAGUUCAAUUACAGGAAGAAAUCGGUGCCACUCAAUCCAAUCAUAAGGAAACUGCAUCUCUGAUGACUAUGCAUAUUUGUGAACGAGUGAAAAACACCUUUUUUGACGCGAUCGAAUAAUUUACAGAAGAUUUUCCUUUGUCUUUUUACCAUGAAUAUCAAUAUGUCUUUUAUAAAAUGAUAUACGAAAAUACAUAUAGAAUUUUUAUGUUAUAUAGUUUCGCUUAUAUUUUCAGAUUGCUCAGUUUGGGUAGUGUUUGUCGGGUUGUAAUAGGAGUACUUCAUUACAUCGCACGUUAUUAUAAUAAUAAAAGAGUUGAUCGAUUAAUUAGGAUUGAAAGGCAACGGCAGAUUAAAAACAAACAUCUCGCAUGUACUAUGUAUUGAAAAACCUUUUGCCGAAAAUGCUCACGAAAACGUAUUGGUUUGAGUUUUCUAACAAAAUGUUUAACAAUUUGAUCAAUACAAUAUCAAUUAUCAAAUAAUUUUUGCUACGUAUACACAGUGGUGAUUGGGUCUUUUCCAUUUGGUGAUGA